GUCACCCCUCCCGUUCAUCAGCCUCAUCCACCUGGCACCCGAGGGGCGCCCCCUUCGUGGAACAUGAUUCGGAGUGGGCGAUCGGUCCCGGUUGUCGGGACUGUGAAUUUGGGCGAGUCCCAUGCAGCCGGGCCUCCGGACUUCGCCCAGCUGGAGCGCCACUUCCUCGAUCAGUUGUCGCCACUCUUCCGGGUGAUCAUCCCGGCGGCCGACGCGCCGACGAUCUCCUCCCACACGAAGCUCACCUCGACGGCCAACACCCUGCUUGAGGCGGGCGCACCCCGGUGUGGCGACAUCAUUGGUCGCAUCCACACCGGCCUGGGUGACUGCCUGCGAGAUAGCCUGGAGCAUGUCCCGCUGCCGUCCUCCGCCGACGAAGCAGCUCACACGCGGCUGCUCGAUGCUUUCCUCUUCAUCAGCGAGACCUUUGCAGCCCGGGUCCGGCAGAUCGGCCUGAUCGUCCGGCCGCUGGAAAUCCUCUACCAGCGCAACAUCUCCAAUCGGCCCUUCGCCGACACAUGCCAGGACAUCUUGCGUGACAUUCUCCUGGCCCGAGCGGACCUUUGUGCCGGCCUGGCCCGGGGACUGGGGCAUGCGCUGAACCGGCUCCGGGACGCCGAGCGCCUGCACUUCCGACUCCACGUCGAGGGCACAGCCGGGUCCUUUCUCCUGCCGCCGGACGGGGGGCCCGAGGGGUAUCCCUUUGAGGUGGUCUUCCCCGGGCCACUGCCUGCCUCGGCCGGGGGCUCGGACCAUGUGGUGAUGGCGGAUGCCGAUUUGGCGGACCUUCGGUCCGUGUGCCGGCGCCUGACCGCCGUCCUGGCGGGGCUCGGGCUCUUUGAGCGGGCCAUCGCGCCGGAGGUUCUCCGCGCGACCGGGGUCUACCUGCAGGGGCUUCCCCGGGCGGAGGCCACCUGCCUCGGGCGCUUUCCCUCGUGCAUCCAGCCUGCUGCCUCCUCGGCUGCCCCUGCCCACCAGCAUGGGGGCAGUGCCGGGGGGACCCGGCUCUCGGGCGAGGGCUGUGCGCGCUUGGCCGGGCGCCUGGCGGCGGCCUUCUCGCGGGAGGUCCGCCGGGCCGCCGCCGGCAUCGGCCUAACCCCAGGCAUGGCGGACCGCCUGAGAGCCAUCUUCAAGCAGGUGCUCGCGGCGCCCGACUGCCGGGCCACUCUGAUGGAAGUGGGCCUGGACCUGAUGCUGUCUGGCCGGCUGCUGGAUGGUGCACUUGUGGCCUUCCGCCUGUACCGCGAUGUGGCCAUGGUCGAGGUGGUCCGGCACUCGCUGGCAUCGUACAUUCGGAUUCGCGGGCGGGCAACCCUCACCGGGGAGCCCUUCACCCGGGGCGGGCUGGUGCAUGCUCCGCGAGCGCGACCGGCCGAAGACCCCUCCGGCUCGGCACCGGUGGUUUUGCCCCCCUCGCGAGCCUUCCUGCUGGAGGAGUUUGACAAGGUCACCGACCUGGCCAACCUCCGACAGCACGCGCUGUCUCUCUGUAAUUGGCUCUUCGACUCGCACCCCUCCUUGAUCGGGGUCAUCCGGAGCUCCUUCGAGUAUCUGAUGAACAUCCACCCCGAAAGCAUGGCCCGGCUGCUGGCCGAGUACCUGGACAUCACGCUGUCCCCGGGGUCGGCCGCGCCGCCGGCCCACUGGGACUGGCCUACCUAUGCGCUGGCCGCUCCGGCCGAGUUCGACACCGACCCGGCUCUCAUCCUCUUCCGCUAUCUGCAGGCCAAGGAUGUAUUCGAGCAGCAGUAUCGCCACUACCUCUCCCGGCGGCUGCUGACCAGCCACGAGGCCAUUGAACGCAGCGAGCUGGCCGCUCUGUCCCUGCUGCGUGUCGAGGCCGGUGAGGCUUUCACCGAGCAGCUCGACUCCAUGAUGGCCGACUUUACCGGCGCACUGGACCUCAACCGCAAGUACCAUAAGGAGUCGCCACGAUCCCCGGCCCCGGGCGCCUGCGAGAUCACUGUCCUUGCCGUUCCCAAGGCCUGGGCCUUGAAGUCCAUGCCGACGUUGGCUUUGCAAUUGCCAGCCUCGCUUCUGUCCCAGCUGGAGGCCUUUGAGGCGUACUUCUCCAACCCCCUGGCCCCGGCGUCCGGGAACACCGGGGACCUGGCCGGUGCUGCUGCGGCUGGUGGCGAUGCCGCCGGCGCUGGCGCCCCCACCAGCGGUGCCCCGGCGCCGCACGAGUACAAGCGUCGGCUGGUGUGGUGUCCCUCCAGCAUGACGGUUUUGGCCGAGGCCACACGUUGGUGGGCCAGCCGGCCGCCCUCGCCCGAGGGGGCCGCUGACUCGCCAUGCGGUCGGCGCUUGGCCCUCUCGCUGCACCAGGCCCUGGCAUUGCUCGCCUUCAAUGGCGGCCCCUCCUCGGGGGUGCUUUCUUUCGCGGACCUGCUUGCGCAGACCGGGCUCGUGGUGGAGGAGCUGGCGUUGGCCCUGUCGGGGCUGGCUUCUCCUCGCGCGGAUGAGCGCCGGCGUCCGCUCCUCGAGGUGCUGGCUGAGGAUGACGGCGGCGGCGGUUCGGGAGCCCCGGCGGCCCGGCGCGCCUUCCGCCUGCAUCCCGGGUUCUCCUGUGCCCGGGCGGCGGCCCCCCUGGACCUGUCGCGGGUGGUUUUCUCCUCGCCGGAGGCCGCGGCCCUGAGCAUGGCCGAGGGGGCGCGAACGCCCUCCGGCCUGGCACACCACCAGUCGCCUGGGCUGGGAUCCCCGACCGCCGGCCACUUGGCACCGGCGGCCGAGACGCCGGCUACCCUGGCCAAUCUGCCGCCGGACCCGCUGUACGCCGGGGCCGACUUGGCGGGGGCUGCGUGGGCCGGGCCGGCGGAUGCACUGGCCGCCUCGGGCCCCGGUGUGCCGGCUUCAUCCGGCGUGUCGUCGGCAUGCUCGUCCUCCUCCUCGCCGCUGCUGUCGGCCGAGGCGUCGGUGGACGCGAUCGACUCCGCCGGCUCGCGGCACCUUUUCAAUGCCAACAUCUUCCGGAUCGACUCGCUGCUCUGCCGCAUCAUGAAGGCCGAGCGCACCCUCUCGCAAAGGGAGCUCUUCGAGCGGACGACCGCCGCGCUGCCGAUAUCCGUCCGGCCGGGGGACCUGCUGGCCCGGGUCCGGCACCUGGUGUCCCUCGAGUACCUGGCCAUCUCCCCGGAGUCCGGGGAAAUUAGCUAUGUCUCCUAAUGGAGGGGUGGGGGUGGGGGGGAGGGGGGUGCG